AAGGCAAAUAAUAACAUUUUCAUUCAAACUUCCUCGAUCACUCAACUCUCUCGCUUUCUCCCUGCCUCAUAUAUCAAUGGAAAUUGUUAGCUCGUUUGGUGAUUCACCAUACGAGCUAUUAUUGAAAGCUUUAACUCUCAUACCCAUCACUCACUAUGUAAUCGGAUUCGUGUUGGUUUUGUGGGUAUUGUUGUACAAUUUCCUUGAGUUUCAUAUUUUUCAGGAUCUGUUUAGCGGGUUUAGAGGACAACGAGUGGAUUUGACCUUCAAUUCUUGUUCUCAACUCUACCAUGAAGUCGUCUCCAAGUGCACACUUCUUCAUGGAAGGUAUAUGUCUACUCCGUGGCUUUCAAGUCCUCAUCUUCAAACGACUUUCUUGAGAUUCUUUGGCAGGCCUCCUGUUUUCGACUACAGAAGGGAGGUAUUUAGCUUGGAUGAUGGUGGAAUAGUAGCUCUGGAUUGGUUGACACGUUUUGAUGUCAUGGAAAAGGAAAAUAUAGCAAAUGGUGAAGCUCAUCAAGAUUCUAACAUGCCCAUUGUGGUUGUGAUCCCCGGACUCACAAGUGAUUCUGAUUCUGUUUACAUUAAACAUCUGACUUUCUACAUGGCAAAGCGAGGCUGGAAUGUAGUCGUGAGUAAUCAUCGAGGCCUCGGGGGAGUACCAUUGACCACUGAUUUCUUUUAUAAUGGUGGAUGGACGGCAGAUUUACGCAAAGUAGUCAAACAUAUUCGCUCCAAAUCCAUGGAUGUUCCUUUGUUCGUUGUUGGAACAAGUCUUGGAGCAAAUAUGAUGGUAAAAUAUCUAGGUGAAGAUGGUGAUGACAUUCUUAUAGAUGGGGCUGCAGCAGUUUGUUGUCCUUGGGAUCUCCUGCUCUGUGACAGGUUUAUCGGGCGAAAUGCAGUGCAAAGGUUCUACGACAAAGCCUUGGGUGCUGGUUUAAAACGUUAUGCAAAGAAGCAUCAGCAGUUCUUCACUCGUCUUUCAGAUUGGGAUGGCAUUGAAAAGGCGCGUCGUGUUCGUGAGUUUGACACAAGUGGUACUUGUCGUAUUGGAAAGUUCGAUACGGCUGAUAUAUAUUAUAGGGAAUCUAGUUGUGUGGGUUAUGUCGAACGCAUAAAGGUGCCCUUACUUUGCAUCAGUGCAUUAGAUGAUCCCGUUUGCACAAAAGAGGCCGUCAUAUGGGAUGAAUGCAGAGCGAACAAGAAUGUUAUUUUGGCUACUACACAACACGGAGGACAUCUAGGAUACUUUGAUGGGAUGGAUGCUAAGGGCGUCUGGUGGGUAAGAGCUGUUGAUGAAUUUCUCACUGUUCUAAGCUCUAGCACCAUAAUCCACAAACAAAAUAUGAUGCCAGAUUCUCUCCUUGUUGGUCCUCAAAAGUCUCUAACAGACAAAGAUCCGUAUAUUCAUUUGGUCAAGAAAACUGAGAAUAAGAUACAUCAUGUAGACAACAAAUUACUGCAAACGAACAAGAUCUUUAUGGAGAGGAAAAUAGUCUCAUCAGAUGCUGCAAAAGGGUUUGAGGCUAAUUCCUCAAGUAUUGACAGUUUCAUAUUCAUUCUAAAAAGAUUCACGGAUCAGUUUUAACAGGAUUGUUCUCUGUUAAGAAAGAUUUUCAGAAAAGACGAAGGUCAAAGGAAUUUCUUUCGGUGGAGUUUAUAAAUACAUGAUCAAAUCAUAUGAAUUGCAUGUAUUUGUAAAAACAAUAAAUUAGUCAAUAAGAAUCAAAGAUCUGUCCAGAUUGGUACGUAA